CGGCAUCAGAGCCUCUUCUUCGCCUUCUUCUGGUAGUUCGUCUCUUCUGCUUUCCUGAAAGCCUCUUUUGUUUCGAACUUCACUAUGAAUCUCAUCUUGAUUUUGGCUCUCGCUGGGGUCGCACUUGCCCAGCAGAUUCCUUCCAGUAGUUACGGCGCUCCUAACGGGAGACUGCCCAAUGGAUUCAACGGCGUUAACGGUAACGGUGCUGCUCCGAGCAGAUCUUACGGUGCUCCUAAUGGCGGGUACGGCGUCGAUCCUGAAAUCGCCUCUCUGACGGAGAGCAUCCCCGGCGGUGGUGUCCCUGGAGAGGACUACCCAGUCUUGGCAUCUGUCCCCGACACCGACUUCACCUGUGACGAUCAGGCCGUCCCUGGGUACUAUGCAGACACCGCUGACGAAGCCGGCUGCCAGGUCUUCCACAUCUGCCAGGACAGGCCCAAUGGAGGCCGUCAGCAGGACUCCUUCCUCUGCCCCAACGGCACCAUCUUCAACCAACAGUACCUCGUCUGCGACUGGUGGUUCAACUUCGACUGCGCUGACGCCGAAUCCUUCUACUCAGUCAACGAGCUCAUCGGCGUUGAUCCUAACGCUGGAUAUGGUUACGGUAAUGGCAACGGUAACGGUAAUGGGAACAGAAGGAAUGGAGGGAGGAACGGCAACGGAAAUGGAGCACCAGGGAGCACAUAUGGAGUACCUGCUUAAAAGGAACUAUGUUUCUUUUUGGAUCUGGCGGCUUCCCAACAGCAAUUUGUAGAUGUCUCUAGAAUUAUUUAUAUGUAUCUUCGUUACCAGGAAAUAUAUUUUGCAUAAAUGAUUAAA